AUUAAUCCUGAAGGCAAGGUAGGCAAAUAUCAUUACCUCCAAUUUGCAAACUAGGAAUCCAGGCAGGAGGAAAUUAAACCCUUAACCAAGGUCAUCUCAGAGUGAAGACUAGAAAUGAAAUGAAGAGUCCCUGCCUCCUUACUUUCCACUGGCCACCUCAAAGGUGGCUACCAAAGGGCUUGCUUUUAUUCCACAGGCAGAGCCAGCUCCUUGCUGCAUCUGACCCUUUUCUUUACAGAGUUCAGUGAGGGCAGGGGAGAGACCUUAUAGAAUGAUGUCUCCACUACAGACUGGUUUUGAGAACUGCCACAUCUCCAACCAUGGAAGCAGAAGUGUGGAAGGCUGAAGGAGUGAAGGGCCUGACGUGCUUCCCAUCUUUCUACCUCUGGCAGUCACUGUAGGGCUACAUGCUAAAGAUGGCAAAGCUAAAGAACGUAUGUUCCUGUGUCCCCCACUUGGCAGGGAAUCACCAAGUAACAUCCACAUUAGACUUCAGGGCUGUUGAAAUGGAGAGAAGCCUGAGAAACUAAGAAAACUACAGUGCCAAAUAAAUGGGAGUGCCGUGGAAAAGCUCAGUAAUACUACGAAGAGUCCAUCAUUUCUGUUGCUGGAUUACUUGGAGGAGGAAGGUGGGAGGAAUAGAGAAGACCGAAGCAAAGCCAGCUGAAACAGAAACCUUUGGGCCAGAUCCAAAGACCCUUCCUCAGAGGUUUCAAGCUACUCCAGAAACCCACAACAAGCCUAUGAACAACACACUGAAUUUUCUGCCUGCUGAGUUCCAGGGUGAAUCAGACACAGCGUGGAGAGAAAACUUAUGCCCUUGCCUCUAUACAUCUCCACAUCAUAAAUGGAACCCAAUGGCACCUUCAGCAGUAAUGUCAGCAACACGGACUGUUCAAUCGAAAACUUCAAAAGGCAUUUUUACCCCAUCGUGUACCUGAUAAUAUUUGUCUGGGGAACCUUGGGAAAUGGAUUUUCCAUAUAUGUUUUCCUGCAGCCUUAUAAGAAGUCCACGUCUGUGAAUGUUUUCAUGCUAAACCUGGCCAUUUCAGAUUUUUUGUUCACAAGUACACUGCCCUUCAGAGUUGACUAUUACAUCAGAGGCUCCAAUUGGAUAUUUGGGGACCUGAGCUGCAGGAUUAUGUCUUAUUCUAUGUAUGUCAACAUGUACAGCAGCAUUUAUUUCCUGACUGUGCUGAGCAUUGUGCGUUUUCUGGCAACUGUUCAUCCCUUCCGGUUCCUCCAUGUGGCUAGUAUCAGGAGUGCCUGGAUUCUGUGUGUGGUCAUAUGGGUCCUUAUCAUGGCUUCGUCAGUAGUGCUUCUGAACAAUGGCUCUGAGCAGAAUGGCAAUACCACAUUAUGCUUAGAGUUGAAUAUGAAUAAAAUUGUUAAACUGAAGACGAUGAACUACAUUGCCUUGGUGAUAGGCUUCAUGCUACCAUUCUGCUUGCUCAGCAUCUGUUAUCUGCUAAUCAUUCGAGUCCUGUUAAAGGUAAAGGUCCCAGAAUCUGGGCUGCGGGUUUCUCACAAGAAAGCACUUAUCACCAUCAUCAUUGCCUUGAUCAUCUUCCUUCUGUGUUUCCUGCCUUAUCACAUACUGAGAACCCUCCACCUGGUCAUGUGGAAAGUGGAUAAAUGCGAAGACAAUCUUCAUAAAGCUGUGGUCAUCACACUGACGUUGGCAGCAACCAAUAGCUGCCUCAAUCCUUUGCUCUAUUAUUUUGCUGGGGAAAAUUUUAAGGACAGACUAAGGUCUGCACUCAGAAAAGAUCACCCAUGGAAGACAAAGUGCAGCAUUCCUGUCUGCAUAUGGUUGAAAGAGGAAACACAAGUUUAAGGGGUUAUUAAAUGAGGCCUGUUCUUGUAUACUUGUGUCCACCUUCAUUCACACGUAGUCCCAGUCACAUGACCAUGUAUUUACAUUAUUUCCAACAAAGAUCAAUUCCUAACAUUUAAUUGACCAUGACUUCUGUUAAUAAGCCCUACUUCAAACAUUUUAUUAGGUGUGUUUUCAGUGGUUGAGUCUAAAUGAGAAUGUAGCAGGCAAAAUCUCUACUAGUCUUGCAACCUAAAAUGUUAGACUGUGAAAAAAUGCUGAGCACACUGGGUGCUUAUUUUCUUCAGAUUCUGUACCAGAUCUCUGUUCUACCAGCCAAUCUAAAUUAACUUUAAGACAACAACUUCCCCAGCUUCUCCAGCUCCUCUUUCAUCUUCAGUCCCCUAAGAUAUAGCCAGGUUCCAGAGCGAAAGGAGAUUCCAGAGCAGAUAAGAAAAGUAUCCUAAGGAAUCAGUGAAAAGACUUUGUGAAGAAGGCUGUCCUUUAACAAGGCAGUCAGGGUCCCAAAAAAGAACGGUGAGAGAAAAAGGGAGAGAAGGACUAGGGCAAGAAAGAGCUGGUUAGAAGUAGGGAGAAAGACAAAUUUUAUUUUGCACGGGAGAGAGGCUCUAGCACACUGAAGGCAAGAAGGUUCUCUUUGUCUCUCUUGCCAGGGGGCUAGAAAGGAUAAGAAGACUAGGAGGAGGAACUGGGGCAUUACCCUAGGGGGUGGAGGGAUUAUGUGUGAAAUAGCAGAAUAGAGGGGGUCAAUAUUACUCUUAGGAUUUGGGUUUGGACUGCACUGCAGUUCUCAGUCCUGCUCAUUAAUCCAUUUGGAUGGGAGCCAGAAUGGAGGAGGUUGCUUUAAGGGUUUGGUUGGGCACUGAAAGAGAGAGUGGGGUAGAGGGUAAGUUGUAAAGGUGGUUGUACCCCUGAAAUUCUAUUAAUAUCUUGGCAGAACAUGCGUAGGGUGGCUUUCCUUUUGAGGGAGUAUAGAAAAGAACUGGAUAGUGGGAAGGGAUCCUUUCUGUCCACUGAAAAAAGCUAGGGAGACUACCAACUACUACCUCCCUGAACAUUGUACCACCAACAAUUGAAUGCCCUCUCCACGCUGGGCAGACUUGUGCCAGGCACUUGACAUUCAGGAACCCCGUUUAACCCUCACACUAAAGCCAUUCACUCUAUGAAUGAAGAAACGGAAGCUCAGAGAAAUUAAGAAACUUGUUCAAGUUCACACAGCUUGUAAGAGUUUAAAAAAUCUCCAUGCAGAAGGGUUGGCCAGGUGCUUACUUUACCGCUCUUCCUACAAAUCUUCAGGCAAAUUGGUUGAAAAUCUGAAUAAGAGUUCCCUCCCCCCACCAGGCACCUACCCCUCCUCACUGUCAUGAGAUUUUCUCUUUAGAGUUGUUGAUCCCAGGCAGAGUAGAGUGUGGGAGGGAGGUAGUGUUCUAAAGUCAGGGAAGAAGUGAAUGUUUUCAUUGUAAACAAGAGUCCCAGAACCCUUCUCUUACUCCUCUGUCUGGAUGCUGACAGAAUAUCCUGUCAAAACAAUAGACUGGAGAAUUCACCUAUGGGGAAAUGCAAGAAAAAGACUAACAGAUACAGACUGUUGAGGAUUCCCCAACAUAAAAGCCAGCAUCUGCCUUAUUACCUACCUGACAGGGAAGCCCACACUGCAACUAAUCUAUUCAGAGAGCAUCUAGUCAACCUGUUAGAGCCUCAUUAUUAAUUAUGAAUAGUCAAUGACCACUACACAUGGGCAGGGGGGAAAGGUCCAAACAUAAAAAAUACCAACAAACAAAUCAGGAUAGAGACAUUUUCAAUAUGAAAGGUCUCAACACUUUUAUUACCCAAGUACUUUUUAUCAGAAACCUACUGUGAGGAUGUGCUCCUCCAAAAUAAGUGAUUAAGCCAAGAUAGAGGAAAACAUGACAUCUAGGACACAAGGAAUCCAGUACAGGGGAAAGGUGAACAACGCAGGAUGUUGGUGGUAGCAGAAAAACAAACUAAUUGAUUUGAACAAUCAAUUUGGAGAGAUUUAUAUUUUUCUUGAAGAAGUUGGGAUGAACUAGUGAAAGUACAUAGAAAAGUAAGCAUGGGAAAAGACACUGUGAUCAUUGAAUGCUAGCAAAAAGAAACUGUUGUUUAAGAAAGGAAAUAUAAUCAUAGUACACUACAUGGCUCAGCUGUGACUAAUGUUUACACAAUAUAAUGUAAAUAACAAAAUGCUGUGAUAUAACUUUUUUUGGGAAAUGAGAGGAGAGGAUAUGUAUGUGGGGGAGGGGUGUAAGAAAUCUAGGUCCCCAUCUUCAAUCACAGAAAAUGCACAAUAACUAAAGCUAAAGAAUGAUAAAAGCUGUAUAAAAAUGUUAUUUAGCAAUAGGGGCUACAGCCCAGAAGAAACAAUGAAAAGAACAGACAAGGUUGGCCUCUGGGGAGUUUGGAGUGGGAAAAAGGGUGGCAAUUUCUCUUUCCCUUUUAAGAACUAAUCAUCUAACUUGUAAAUAUGUAUUGCUGAAAUAAAAAUUAAGUUAAAAUUAAA